AUCAACCUUAACACUGACCCGUUCCCAUCAUUACUUACUUACAGAAACAACCCAUGAAUCAAGAACUUGUUUGAUCAUCUCGUGUUUGAGAUCUCAUUUUGUAAUAUUCAGGCAUAACCCACCAAAAGCUUGAAUCAGUAUGGAGGAAGCGGGAGGUGCAUCGCUCGCCGAAACACCAACCUAUGCGGUCGCAAUUGUGAUCAGCGCCAUGAUAGUGCUCGGCACCUUCUUCCAAGCUUCCUUGGAAUGGUCUGCAAAGUGGUUGGAAGAGAACAAGAGGAAAGCUCUGGCUGCUGCUCUAGAGAAGAUCAAGGAUGAGCUUAUGCUUUUCGGGCUUCUCUCGCUGCUGAUGGGUCACUGGAUCAUGUACGUCGCGAAGAUUUGCAUCAAAUCUUCAACCUCGAGCAGCCGGUUCUAUCCUUGUGUGAGAGAAGAUGUAAUCAAGGCGCUGGAGAGUGUCGUCUUCCCAAGUUUGAAGAAGUUAAAUGAAUCAGUUUAUAGCAUUGACGUGGUCAUAGGGAGAAAGAAUCAUUGUCCUAAGGGGCACGAGCCUUUCGUUUCAUAUGAAGGUCUCAAGCAGCUUCACCGCCUACUGUUCGCCCUUGUCAUUGUUCAUGUAUCUUACAGCUUCGCAGCCAUCACCCUGGCAAUUACUAAGAUAUAUAGUUGGCAAACAUGGGAAAACCACGCCAAGAGAAUGGCCAUUAAGGAAGGAUCUCCAAACAAGAUGAGGAUGAUGAGAUUGUCCACCUUCAUUUUCCACCACACCUUGCAUCCAUGGAGCAAGGACAGAGUUCUUGUUUGGCUGCUUUGCUUCAGCCGCCAAUUCUGGAGUUCUAUUAACCGAGUGGACUACAUGGCUUUACGGUGGGGCUUCAUUACUACUCAUAAGCUUCCCCUAUCUUAUGAUUUCCAUAACUAUGUGGUCCGGAGCAUGGAGGAGGAAUUCCGCGAUAUUGUUGGCAUUAGGUUGCCCUUUUGGAUAUACGCGAUAUUCUGCAUAUUCUUAAAUUUUCAUGGAACCAACAUCUACUUCUGGUUUUCCUUCCUUCCGGCAAUUCUGAUCCUUCUAGUUGGCACCAAGCUACACCAUGUGGUGGCGAAGUUGGCAGUCGAGAUCAGGGACUGCUGCCCAUCCACAGGACAUCAUCAUCAUCAUCAUCAUCAUCAUCUUAAUCUGCGGGACGAGCUCUUUUGGUUCGGCAAACCGAAGCUUCUCUUGUGGUUGGUGCAUUUCAUAACCUUUCAGAACGCGUUUGAGAUGGCAACUUUUAUCUGGUCCCUGUGGGAAAUUCAGGGUGCUUCUUGUUUCAUGGACAACGACAGAUUCCUGGUGACCCGGUUAAUAUUCGGUGUCGUUUCCCAGUUCUGGUGCAGCUUCAUUACUUUCCCUCUUUACGUUUUGGUCACACAGAUGGGCUCAAGUUUCAAGCAGGCCCUGAUCUCUGAGAACGCGAGGAGAUCGCUCAGCAUGUGGAAGCUGCGGGCCGGCUCCAGGAGUAGCUGCACAUCGUCCAGCUGGUCCCUCCUCCACGAGACCUUGGCCACGUCAACGAACUGCUCACUAGACGAGCAGGCCAGGACCUCCAGUUUCUCGACGAGUAGAGGCGGCUCUUUGAGGACCAAGAUCCCACGCCGUGAGGCCGCACUAUCCACCUGGGGCAGCCACGAGACCCCGAAAGAGCUUAUUUCGGAAGAUCCUUACCAUUGCAGUUCAAGUUCCGAUGACUGCUCGGGGGGCGGCGGUGAGAAGAACGGCGAACGACACUAACAGC